GGCAUUUUUUUUUAUCCUCAUGCCAUUCAAUAAUGCUUCAGAGUGAUCUCUGUUUGUGUGCAGUGUUGUGUUGACAUAGGCAGAAGAAUGGGCAACAGAAGAGAUGUGGAGAGUGGAAGCGGCAAUGGCAAUUUAUCAGAGCCAUUGGUCAACAGAAGCACACCUGAGAAGGGUGGCUUGUGCAUGGUUCUUUUCAGUACAUUCAUUGCAGUUUGUGGCGCAUUCGAGUUCGGGUCAUGUGUGGGAUAUUCAUCACCAGCUCAAUUUGGUAUUAUGACGGAUCUUAAUGAAACUCUUGCAGAGUACUCAGUCUCUGGCUCCAUAUUAACUGUUGGUGCAGUUAUUGGUGCAAUGGCAAGCGGGCGAUUUGCUGAUUGGCUUGGCCGGAAAGGGGCUAUGAGAAUGUCGUCAAUUGUCUGCAUUCUAGGAUGGAUUGCAAUCUACUUAGCUAUGACUGCUGUGCACCUGGAUAUUGGAAGAUUUUUAACAGGAUGUGGAAUAGGGGUUAUUUCUUACACGGUGCCAGUUUACAUUGGUGAGAUCACCCCAAAAAACCUGAGGGGGGCACUAGCAACAGCAAAUCAGCUCUUUAUAACAUUGGGGAUACUUGUUGCAUACGCAGUUGGUGCAUUUGUUUCAUGGAGGACACUUGCUCUGAUCGGUGUUAUCCCAAGCGCGGUUAUGGUAAUAGGACUCUGCUUCAUCCCGGAGUCCCCUAGAUGGCUGGCCAUGAUUGGUGAAAAUGAAAAAUUUGAAGCUGCACUGAUGACACUUCGGGGACCUGGUGUUGAUAUUUCUUCAGAACGGAAUGAAAUACAAGAAUCCUUGGCAAUUCUUAGACAACUCCCAGAAGUCAAACUGCUGGACAUGUUUAACAGAAGGAACUUCCCUUUUGUCUUGAUAGGAGUUGGAUUGAUGGUGUUUCAGCAAGCAAUUGGAAUCAACGGAAUAAUAUACUAUGCUGGUCAAAUAUUUGUUUCUGCAGGAGUCUCGCCAAGCCUUGGAAGUAUUCUCUACUCUGCUCUACAGGUCAUUGCCACUGCAUUAGGUGCAACCUUGAUGGAUAGAGCUGGCAGAAGACCUCUUUUAAUGAUAUCAGUUGCUGGGCUACUUAUGGGCAAUUUAUCAAUUGGAAUUUCCUUCCUUUUGAAGGAGCAUGAGAUGGCUCCUGAAGUUGCUCCAGUUCUUGCAUUGGUUGGUGUCAUGGUUUACAUAGCAUUCUUUUCAGUUGGGACAGGACCAAUUCCUUGGGUUAUAAUGUCUGAGAUUUUCCCUCUCAAUCUGAAGGGACCAGCUGGAAGCCUGGUGACACUAGUGAACUGGCUUGGUUCUUGGGUUAUAUCUUACUCUUUCAUCUUCCUUUUUGAGUGGAGUUCGUUCGGUGUAUUUUUCAUUUAUGGUGGAUUCUGUGCAUUGGCCAUGGUUUUCACCAUUAAGUUUGUUCCAGAAACAAAAGGCAGAACACUGGAAGACAUUCAAGCUUCAAUAACAUAGAAGUACUAAUGUUCAUCCUUGAGCAGAAGGGUUCAUCUAUUUUUGUUUCACUAAAAUGAAUUCAAAACUCCCUGUAAAUAGUGAAGUGCAAUAAUCAGUCAAAAAUAAUUUUGUCCAA